UAUGGAUUAUUGCAGACAAACUUGUACUCAAAAAAUGUGUCAACAAAUGCAAAGUCAGUCUCUAUAAGAGCCCAGGUCACCACUGAGGCUCCUGCUAAAGCUGUAAAAAUCUCAAAGAAAAAUGAUGAAGGUGUUGUGACCAACAAAUACAAGCCCAAGGAGCCAUACAUUGGCAGAUGCCUCCUCAACACAAAAAUCACUGGUGAUGAUGCACCUGGAGAAACCUGGCACAUGGUUUUCAGCACUGAGGGGGAAGUUCCAUAUAGAGAAGGACAGUCUGUUGGUGUGAUUCCUGACGGAAUUGAUAAGAAUGGGAAGCCUCAUAAGUUGAGGUUGUAUUCGAUUGCUAGCAGUGCUCUCGGAGAUUUUGGUGAUUCAAAAACUGUUUCUCUUUGUGUUAAGAGGUUGGUUUAUACCAAUGAUCAGGGAGAGAUUGUUAAGGGGGUCUGCUCAAAUUUCCUAUGUGACUUGAAGCCGGGAGCAGAAGUGAAGAUUACAGGACCGGUUGGGAAAGAAAUGCUUAUGCCCAAAGAUCCAAAUGCAACUAUUAUAAUGCUUGCAACAGGAACGGGAAUUGCUCCUUUCCGUAGUUUCUUAUGGAAAAUGUUCUUUGAGAAGCAUGAUGAUUACAAGUUCAAUGGAUUGGCAUGGCUCUUCUUGGGAGUUCCCACAAGUAGCUCAUUGCUCUACAAGGAGGAAUUUGAGAAGAUGAAGGAGAAGGCACCCGACAAAUUCAGGCUAGAUUUUGCCGUUAGCCGAGAGCAAACCAAUGAGAAGGGCGAGAAAAUGUACAUCCAAACUCGAAUGGCACAGUACGCAGAGGAAUUGUGGGAGCUGCUGAAGAAAGACAACACCUACGUGUAUAUGUGUGGAUUGAAAGGAAUGGAGAAGGGUAUCGACGACAUUAUGGUGAACUUGGCGGCUAAAGACGGUAUUGACUGGAUGACUUACAAGAAGGAGUUGAAGAAGGGAGAGCAAUGGAAUGUGGAAGUAUACUGAUGCUUGUACUUGUAUGUAGAUAGGUAAAUUCUCGUGUUUUAUGUGAUUUCUUUUGCAUCUUAGGUUUUAUAUAUGAAAUCAAACUCUGUACUGCUAGCCAAGCUCGGUAUCUUGUAAAAAUAAAUAAUAUAAUUCUUCGACGUGUAUUAUGACUACUCGAAAAAUUUUUGGCCAUGUAUAAGAAGAAGAUGAAUGUCUUGGUUCAUGUA